AUGGUUUUAGAAACUAAAUACUACGAGAUUUUGAAGGUGCUGGAAUCAGCCAGUACCGAGGAAAUAUCGAAAGCAUAUAAGAAAAUAGCAUUAACAUGUCAUCCUGAUAAGACUGGCCGAGAUCCAGUGCUUACCGAGAGGUUUAAGGACAUAACGAAGGCGUACGAGGUGUUGAAGGAUGGAGAGAGCAGGCGAGUGUAUGACCACUACGGAGAAGCGGGAGUGGAGGGGGUGAUGCCCGCUUCACAGCAACAGCAGCAGCAACAGCAGCAGCAGCAGCAAAGACAGAACCAAAACACAUGCCACAUAAGGAGGGCCACCGAUCUAUUCUCACAGGUAUUCAGUGACUUCCACGAUGCCUUCAAUGGCGCUGGCGUAGGUUCGUUCCCCAUGAACAUGCAUAUGAACAUGAUGAACAUGAUGGGGCGCCAGUCGCAGAGCUUUGCGCAGACCCAGACCCAAACCCAAACACAUCUGCAAAGCCUGUUCACUAAGGUGACUCCGGUAAGUAACCCUAGCAUUCGGGAGCCAGUACGUGGCCACGACAUCCAUCACGUCUGUAACGUUACGUUAUGGGAGAUGUACCACGGUAAAGUGGUCAAAUUUAGGCUCCCUAAGAAUAGCAAGUGUAAGACUUGCUUAGGGGUUGGAGGUUUCAAUCCAAAACUGUGUGGCACUUGUGCCGGUCAGGGCCAGGUGCUCAUCACUGUCUUCAGCCAAAACUCACAGUUUCAGGAACUUAGUCUGUGUAAAGAAUGUAAUGGCUCUGGGGUCUAUAUAGCCCCCAACGAUCAAUGCUUGGCUGCAAACUGCCGCAGAGGGUACGUUAAGGAAAGUAAAAUUAUCAAGGCCAAUAUCUUCCCUGGAUCCAAGCAUAACGAUAAAAUUAUCUUACAGGGCGAAGGUGACGAGGGAAGGAAUAUUUUCCCAGGCGACGUAAUCAUUCAUUUAAAAGAAGUACCUGACAGUAAAAUCGUUAGGAAGAACAACGAUUUGUUUAUCGAACAUGAGAUUGAUCUCAGAACUGCACUUUGUGGAGGCAAGACUAUUUUGAAGGAUUUCUUGAAGCCAGGACAAUGUCUUGAAAUUAACGUAAACGUCCAUGGAUACGAAGACUUGAACCUGAUGGAUGUUCAACGGGGUGAAGUGCUAGGAAUAAUAGACAGCAGCACCCCUAAGAUCGUCAAAGAAUUUGGAAUGCCUAUAAACGAAGCUUCUGUUGAUGGUACUUACUUCCAGAAUUCUGACGAGGUUGAAGAUUUUGCAGAUGUAGUAUUUGAUUUGAAGAGGUAUAAGAAGGGUAAUUUAUUCAUUAAAUUCAAUGUUACUAUGCCUCGCUUGGAAGAUUUUGCGAGCGGAGUAGAAGAUUUUAGAUUGUUAGAGAAAGUACUUCCUAACAAAAGCGAAAUGUCUUCUGCUCAGCAAACUUUCUUAUCAGGAAACUUGAGCAAUAUUCCCAACUUUGAGCAGCUCUGCCCACAGGCAGGGGCAAGAGGAGCAACUGCAGAAUCCACGGCCAAACUAGUGGAAGAAAACUGUCCAUUGACCAAAAGACUAAAGAAAUCUUCUAGUUUUGCUGCUGCAGAUCAAAAAAAGGAAAAGUACGACUAUAAUGACAUUGAAUUGGAAGGAAGCGAAGAAGAAGAAGUGGAAGAUGAAAGGUUUUACUCAAGUGAAUGGGACGACCGCAAAAGGAAGGCUAACAUGAAUGGUUUAUCAGACUAUGUGAUAACCUAA